GACAGUACAGGUCUUGGUUCAGGGGAAGAGAGAAGAAAUCACUCCCUGUGAUAUUUAUUUGCUUGCAGGAGAACGUCUCCCUGGAAGAACAGCAACAAACCAAAGGUAGUUACAAAGAUAGACCCCUGUCCCCAGCCACUUCCCCUCCUCUACUGUAUUCUGGAAAAUUCCGAGGCACCUCUGACCAGUGGAGAGGCCGUUUUCCGACUGCGCUGCCAAAAGGAGACACAGAAAAAAGCCCCCCAGUUUGAGCACAGUGGACUCAAUGGUAUCUGUCGCGCAGAUGCAGCCUGGGGUUGGGUUGAGGGAGCCAGAGGGGGAGGAACAGCUUGACGACAGCAUGCCUCCCAAAUUUAAACGGCACCUCCACGAUGAAGAGGUCACGGGCUCUGUGCGCAGUGAGAGGAGAAACUUGCUAGAGGAAGACUCUGAUGAAGAGGAAGAUUUCUUCCUGAGAGGACCCACAGGACCAAGAUUUGGACCUAAAAAUGACAAAGUCAGACAGGUGCAGUCACAGGUCGACGAGGUCAUCGAUGUCAUGCAGGAGAACAUCUCCAAGGUGAUCGAGAGGGGCGAACGUCUGGAUGAUCUGCAGGACAAAUCAGAAAGCCUGUCAGAUAAUGCCUCGGCCUUCAGCAGCCGUUCCAAGCAGCUUCACAGGAGGAUGUGGUGGAGAGACGUCAAGAUGAAGGCCAUAAUUGCCCUGGUUGUGGUGAUACUAUUGCUCAUUAUUAUUGUUCCUGUGAUCCUCCGGUAUCGCUAGGGGCAGGUGGGGAGGUUAGGGGGCCUGAGGAACGCCUCCUCUUCCACUCCGUCUCCUCUUCCUCCUGCCUGCACUCAUUCCUCCACACCAGCAGGAGGUGCUACACACACCUGCUCCGCCCACUGUGCCAACCGGCUCAGGGCCAGGUCAAGGGCCCAGCUCUCUGGGUGUGUGUAAUCCCCCUGUAUACAGAAUGCAUUUAAUCUAAACAUAUCAGUGAGAAAAUAUAUACACACACACCACAUACACACACACACACAUACAGUCUUAAUAUACUCACACAUUUAGUGAUAUUUCACUUGAAGACAUUCUGCUGCCCGUCAGGCAGAGUGGUGGCUGCUUUCCACAUUACAGGUGCUCUUCUCGACCAUUUUAAACUUUUCCUGGAACAGACGGUUAAGUAUCUUCAGUUUAUUAUUUCACCAUAAAUAAUCAUUGGUGGUUACCACAACAGGAGUCCUUUGAAAUAUUCUUAGCAGAACUGUGAACCAAAUGUAAUGCCACAACCCACCCUUAUUCUGAGUAUACUCAAACACACACACACACACACACACACACCAUAUACAAACACAUACAAACACACACGCACACACACAUACACACACAUACAAACACAUACAAACACACACACCUUGCUAAAGGGUUUGGUUAUAGUUCUGUGCCCAUAGAGGUAAGUACAUGGAAAUUCACUUUCCACAAUCCAAGUUAUUUGUAUGUAGUUUUGGUAAAGAUGACAUUGAAUGAAACCAAUAUGACACCAAAAAGAGUGGCCCUAUGUUGGUGUCUGUAUCUAACCUCCCUCCAUUUUUUUUAAUUCUCACAUAAAAUGUAUACAGUUCUGGGGAUUUAAAUAAGUAAUGCUUUUAAGUAUUUGCUGCUAUUACACUGAUCACACUGACAGGGACAAAUGUAAUUGGGGAAAUGUCAGUUCUUGACCAUGGCUGUUAUUUGUAUUGUGUAUGUUGUUUAUGUUAGGAAGAGACUUCAUUUUGCAACUUUGUUGUUAAGUGGAGAGAUUCAUUAAAGCUGGACUUGACUGUGUGCUUUUGCAAUUUGCUAUAAAAAAUUAUCUGGUUUUCUUUUGGAUGUUUUAUGGUGGAUUAAGUUUUCAUUCAGCAUUUAUGGGCUGGGCUUCACACAUCUGUACAUUAGGACUGUACUGUUACUCUUUUUUCUUUCUUUCUGCUUUUCACAGAGUAUUAUUUUCAGAUUGUUGUCAUUAUUUGUGUUUAAUUUAAUGUAAAUAUUUUUUUUAAGUUAAUGUAAAUAUUCAUUCCGUAGACAACGACUCAACAAUGUAACAUUGGCCAACUGUGAACUACUUGACCUUUUCUUUGAAAUAAAGUAAUUUUAAAAGGG